AUGGAACUUAAUCUACCUGAUUCUCUCUACGAAGACUACAGUCAACUCACACCGACUUGGUCCUCCGGUGCUUCAUCAUCCUCUACUCCGGUCAUGGCCACCCCCCUAUCACCUCCUCCACCGAGUCUUGGCAUGAUUUUCCGGUGGGUCCGUGAUCUUCAUGAUCCGAGAGAAGUCGUCUCUGGUUUCGCACUUCACAGUCUCGCCAAUAAUAAGAACGAUAACGAGAUCUUGCCGCUGCUGUUAUGGGAUUCUCCUGGUGUUGUGUCCAUGCUGUUGGGGGAAGUCGCUAACUCCUACCGGCACAUCCGACAUCCAGUUUUCAUUCAACAUCAUACGAUAAUGCGGUUGUACAAUGUUUUGCUUUUGUUCCAGUGCAUAGCUCAUCACCCAGAGACAAGAAGCAAGUUUCUUAGAGCUAAGUUGCCACACUAUUUUUAUCCUUUGAUGGAGAUUCGUUACACCGAUAGGCCUUUCGAUUGGAUAAGGAUUGGUGCAUUGGGUGUUAUUGCUAAUCUGUUGAAGUCGCCUGUAGACGAAGCUGCUAUUCGUUUCCUUAUGGACACAUCUGCUUUGAAUCAUUGCACUAGACCCAUUGAGAUUGGCUCUACAGAAUCGAAAAAGAUUAUGUCGACUAACGAAGGGCUUCAGUACUGCUGCGUCUUGGUUGAUCGAUUUUUCGCCAUUGAUGAUCUCCUUAAAAAGGUGCUCAUGCAUCUAUCUACCAUGACUACGCCUUCUUCUACCUUGCUCAAUCUUGUUGCUGCUUGCUACGCCCGGCUCUCUCUGAAACCAAGGGCUUGUGAUGCAUUAAGGCGAUUCCCUCCUGCCAUGCUUUUGGACGGCACCUUUGCCAAUUUACUUGCUGAGGACACAUCUACUGAUUAUUAUCGGAAGCAGCUGAUCCAGAAUCUUGAAAACAGAGAAGUGUAA